UCGGGCAAAGAGCAGCCGGAGCCCGAGCUGUAGCCGAAUCCGGAGCUGCAGCCGAAUCCAGAGCUGCGGCCGGAGCCGAGCGCGGGUUUUUUCUCAGCAUGCAGACCUGUUAGAUUUGGGCGUGAUAACUACCACAUCCUGCUCAUUGGACCUUUGGCUUGCAUCCCCAUAUCUUCCUGCUUUUCUGAAUGAUACAAUCCUACAUUGUCCUGGGCUUGAGCAGUAAAGGAUAAAUUUGAUAACUGGCUGGCUUGUCAUCUCUUCAUUGUGAUGGAAAAAUGGUCGCCUAAAAUAAACCCUUUGUUAUGCUGCUAAAACUGCCUUUGAUUCCAAGAUCUGUUCAGAUUUUUAAAACGCAAACCCCAAAAUGUCAGAACUCGACAUUUCAUCUGGAUUUGUAGGAAACAUGGAAAACGGGACUUUCCUGGAGCUGUAUCCCACAUCCCUUUCAACUUCAGUGGAUUCAUCUCCUGGCCGUUUAUCCAACGUCUAUGUCUAUGUUUCUAUAUUCCUUAGUCUCUUAGCUUUUCUCCUUUUAUUAUUGAUCAUUGCACUUCAGAGGCUGAAAAACAUCAUUUCUUCCAGUUCCUCCUACCCAGAAUACAAUAGUGACGGUGGAAGCUCUUUCACUAAUUUAGAGGUCUGUAGUAUUUCAUCCCAGCGCUCUGCUCUCUCAAACCUUUCUUCAUGAAACUCCAGGAAAGGAAAAACAUGGGGAAUGGAAGAGCUGUGAUUAGUGUCUUGGGGAGGUAGUGCAUGCAACAUUUGCCUUAGAAGACUAUUAAUGAAGAGGUGGCUUUUAAGUUUCCUUAGGUGGUGGGGUUUUUUUUCCUUUCUUUCCUUUUCUAGUCUUUCCUUUUGUUAAUGUUCCUUUCAAUCUGGACAAUGGAUAAUUGUUUAAUGCCUGUAAUAGUGGUGCUGUCUUUUUCUCACCCAUACACAGUGUUCAUUAAGAGUAUUCCUGCCAAACUGUAAUAUGGUUCUAACUGGUUGUGUCAUUUUUCUGCUCUAGUUGUGAUGCCUUCCCUGGUUUUGUAUCAGUAAUAUGCUGACUACUCUUCUUUUUCCUUUUUUUAAUUAAAGACUUCUGGAUUAAAUCCCUAUUGCAAAAGUGUCAAAAAUCAGCUUAAUCAUAUAGUACAUGGGACAAUUUAAAGUUGUUGGUAUUGUUUCUUUUUAAAUUUUUGUGUCUUUUUCAGUAUUUAUUGAUGUUUAUAAAACACAAGUAAGAUCCAUUUCUUGAAGAAUGUUACUUUUGUUUAUUUGUACUCCCAACUCAUUCUGUAUAAAGUCUCUGUGUCUCAUUUUUUGAAUCUCUUUGGUUGACUUAGUAAAGCGACUGCAAUAAUGAUGCUCAGUGCUGAAUGUGGAGAGAUAUUUUUGAACCCCAUUGCAUCUCAUUUGCCUAAUGACUUUUUCUUCCAGGGGGCAGGUUUUGCUUCUACUUCAUAAAUAUCACACAGCUGAUCCUCCACUCAUCCAGCAGCUUAUUGUUAAUGGAUACUAGUACAAACCAGUAGUUUCUUUUAGGAGAUCUGCAUACAACCACCAUAGCUGGCAACCAAAUAGCUCUUUUAGGCUUCAUUAGGCACAAGAUGUGUUUUUUAGUGAUGUGAGCAGGGCCAGCAGGGCCAGAAAUUCCCUAUACUGGUGAGGACUUUUCCGAGACAGAUUUUACCCCAUCAUUUCACAAUUCACACUGGAGCCAAGGGGACAUUCAAGGUUUUGCUUUAUUGCCAGGCAGAGCUCAGCUCUGACACUCAGGAGGUGUGAAGUGUUCCUGCUGAGGUUAGGAAGAGAUGGGAAAGAAAAAAGCAGUGGCUCUGCCUCUUUCCCUCAUCAGCAUAAGGAGGCAACACCUCAUCAGCAUAAGGAGGCAACAGAGAUAAGGGGGUAGGAAAUGGAUGAUCUUUCACAAUCUCACUCCUCUUUGAGAUGCCAUAGUGUGGGUUAUGAUUUCCCCCGGCCCAAAGUGUAGCAAAGCAUUAAGUUUCUUCAGUGAAACAACUGGCAGCACUGUGAACAGGAUCCUAUACUCAGCUGGGAAUUAAAUCCAGCCAAAGGACUGAAGAAAUGAUGCAAAACUCCAAGUGUGACCUGCUAGGAGUGCAGCCCCACACUGGGCUGUGUGGUUCCUUGCUCUUCUGACUGUGAGCACAGCCUGGGCCUCCCAGGACUCAAGUCCAUCCAAAUUUUGCUCUCAUGGAAAAAUCCAAGUCAGUGGAAAGACCAGAGGAAGGGAAUGGAAAUGUCACUGCUGUUUCUGCUGCUGCCAUAAGAGCACAGAGAGCCCUGGGCAGUGGGAUGGUCUCAGAAUGAGCGCAGGGCUGGGGAGCUGCAGGAGACCUCCUGACAGGAUUUGUUACAAAUACCCCCCCCCCCCCCCCCCGAGCUGUCAGUCUGCUCAUCAGCAAGACACAUUUUGCCAUUAACUACACAGACUUUAAAAGAGAAAUGUGGAAAGAUAA